UGUAGUCCUGUCUGGUCAAAUUGAAGAAGAUAAACGCGCCGGAACCGAUGCGAUAUGCUGCGCCGCUAGAUACCACCAUAGCUGGACCGCUCACCACUUCAACAACCAUUGGUUAUCCUAUACGGUACGAACACUGAACAAAAGUACACCACCGAUUUUUCACUUGUCCAACAUUAUUCAACGACCGCCUCGCACUGAAUGUCACUUCGCGUAGCGAUAUUACGACAAAAUACACUGUUACAAUUAUCUAAUUGCUUCGAUGCAAGUUUUCGAAAGCUUGCGAUUGUGCAGAGAAAUAUCGGGAAAUAAAAACAAAGGAGUACGUGACAUAUGACGGAACGAGAACGACUGAAUAGCAUGGGCGCUGAUUGGCCGCGAGUGAGGCGCGCUAGUCGAUUGGAUCAAAACCGGUUCGAAUCGGUUCGCGGAGGCCGCGGCCGGCUUUUGUUAGUGCAUUGAACGUCACGCGACUAGUGAGGAACUGUGUUGCAUUUUAUCGAUUCGGUUUCACUGUCGUUUCGAUGAAUCAUAUUUAACUAAUAGAAAAUACACAGAUAAUUGAUUAUUAUUUUAAGAUAUGGCCGCAUCAACAGUUCAAUGCACCGUAUUGUUAGUUAUUUUGGCUCUACUUUGCCUCAUCGAAAUGAGCGAAGCCAAUUACAAAAAUGCACCUAUGAAUGGAAUCAUGUUUGGCAAGAGAGGACCAUCUGAUUACGAAAACCGAGGCAAAGCAUUUACUGCCCUCUGUGAGAUCGCUACAGAAGCUUGCCAGACUUGGUUCCCAUCUCCGGAAAACAAAUAAGUUUACAACAUAAUUAUGAUUUAGUUUACGCUUUCACUAUGAAAACUAGCGAAUAUACGCCUUUAUAGACUGUAGUUAUUUAUUCAGCAAUGUUUUAUCAAUAAAAUAAAG